CGUUGGCAACAUUAAUUUCUUAAAUUCAUAAAAACUUCACGUUCAAAUCGUUUUCUUAACAUUAUCAAAGUAAUUUUCAGGUGUUUCACUACCUUUCCACGUUGAUUUAACAAAGCGCAAUUAAUUAUCACCGAAAGCAUAUUAUCGCCAGCGAGAGUUAUCGAUUUUUCUUAACCCAAUUUCUAUCGACAAAACAUCGGAAUUUCUUGCAUUUUCCAGAACUUUCUGACCAUGGCCGAUGCGAUUGAUAUUUCGCCGAAUCAAGACGGCGGUGUGCUGAAGAAAAUAUUGAAACAAGGCACCAGCGAUGAGUGCCCCCCGAAUGGGUGCAAAGUAAAAGUUCACUACACUGGAACUCUCACCGAUGGCACUAAAUUCGAUAGCAGUAGGGACAGAAAUCAACCCUUUGAGUUUGACUUGGGAAAAGGCAGUGUCAUUAAGGCAUGGGAUAUUGGUGUUGCUUCUAUGAAAAAAGGUGAACAAGCCAUUUUGACUUGUGCACCUGCCUAUGCUUAUGGUGAGGCUGGUAGUCCACCAACUAUUCCACCAGAGUCAACACUGCUUUUUGAUGUUGAGGUUAUUGACUGGAAAGGUGAGGAUUUAUCACCCAACAGCGAUGGGGGUAUUGAAAGGGUGCAAACUUUGACCCCUGGGGCUGGUUUUACUUCUCCAAAUGAUGGGGCCAUUGUUGAAGUCCAUCUGGUGGGCAAGCACGAAGACCGCGUGUUCGAAGAUCGCGACGUGUCGUUCACGAUCGGCGAAGGUUCGGAGAUGGGCGUGGCGAAAGGCGUCGAGCUCGCCCUCCAGAAGUUCACCAAAGGCGAAACGUCCAAGUUGAAGCUGAAGCCGUCGUACGCGUUCGGCAGCGAGGGAAGCGAAGCGCUCGGCGUGCCGCCGAAAGCGAGCGUCGAGUACACCGUCUCGCUGAAGAGCUUCGAGAAGGCGAAGGAGAGCUGGGCGCUGGACGCGCGGGAGCGACUCGAACAGGCCGAGUUGUUCAAAGAGAAGGGGACCAAGUACUUUAAGAGCGCCAAGUACGCGCUGGCCGUGAGACUGUACAGGAAGGUGCUGGCCUUCCUGGAGACCGACAAGGACUUCAAGGACGAGCUGGCCGAGAAGCGCAGGAACUUGGUGCUCGCCGCGCAUCUGAACGUUUCGCUGGCUGCGCUGAAGACGCUCGACUUUUUCGAAGCCAAAUCCGCGGCAAAUCAAGCGCUCGAAAUCGAUCCCAACAACGAGAAGGCUUUGUUCAGGAGGGGACAGGCUUUUGUCGGUCUUACUGAAGCUGAAUUAGCUGCAAAAGAUUUUGCGCGUUGUUUGGAGAUAGAUCCGAACAAUAAGGCUGCGCAAGCGCAGCAAGCAGCUUGCGCAAAAAUUUUAAGGCAACAAUUGCAGAAGGAAAAGAAAAUUUACGCAAACAUGUUCGAUAGAUUCGCCAAAAUGGACACACAGAGGGAAGAAAAUGAGAGCAGCAAGGCACCGAAUGUUUUAUCUUCCGUGGGAGAGUGGGGGCAAGAGGAUCGCGAAAGGGAGCCUAGCGAAUUCGAAAAAGAAAACCCCAAUAUAUUGCUAUUAAAUGGCAGUGGAGAGUUUAAAGAUAUGUAACUUAAGUACUUGAGCUUUAAUCAAUUAAACAGCAUUUAAUACAAAAACUUUAUUAUUAACAACGAUUAAUUGGCGGAAACCUUCCAAAAACACAACUUCCUAUCAUCUCCAACACAAACUAGAGGAUAUCUAUAAUGCCAGCUCACAUUCGUAGGCAAUGUCAGGUUUGCUGCCAAUUUCGUGGCCUGAGAUUUAACGUGAACAACUUUAAGAGUCCCCUCGAGACUAUUAGUGGCUGCUAACAAUUCCGCCUGCGGACUAAACUUUAUACUGCCCCCGUUUUCCGGAAAAAGAACACUUGUCCAAACAGGAAAACUAAAAUGGACUCUAAGUAAUUUUUCACACCAUUAAACACAAUUUCUUACCAUGGUUUGCUCAAAUCCCAAACUAGCAGCUCUCCUAGAUGCAACGAGGAUACCAUUUGCUCAUUUACGGGGGCCCAAUGAGCCCCUAUUAAAGGUUUACCGUAAUCCAACGAAAUAACAGGCAUUUCACUUUCGACGUUGUAAAAUCGUAUUAUUCCGAUUUUUUCGCCUACUAGUAACUUAUUGCAAUCAUCUCUGUGCCACACAGCACUCAUACCUUUAAAAAAAAAAAAUCAGCUAAAAUAAAUUAAGGAGAGACUAUGUACCUGGAGAUGUUAAAUUAAAUGUAUUCUUCAACUUAAAAUCAUCCACGGACCAUAUUUUAGCCGUAUUAUCGUCACUCACGGACGCUAAAUAUGUAUUUUCUGGAUCAAAACUCACAUCGUUUAUGUAACUUGUAUGACCAGCUAAAAUCUAUAUAAACCACAAUAUUUCCCCGCCUAAUUACGCCCAAAUCAACCCACCUUGCAAGUAUUACUCUCAUUCAUAUCGCUCGUGUAAAUCCUCAGCUUAAAAUCGCUCCCCCCAACACAAAACAUCAAAAUAUUAGGGACGAUGUUCAAAUUUGUCUCCGGAGAAAUACUCAAUGUAGAACAUCUACAUUGAUGCUUAAACUCCGACAUGACAUUCAAAGACGGCACAUCCUACAAAAUAAACACGCCAAAUCUUUUGAAACACCUUUAAAAUUAACUUACCUCCAAGUUUAAAAAUGCCAGCACGAUUUUAUUCUCGAACGCUAUUAAAAUCAAGUCCUGCGACCAUUCGAACUGCGAGAAAUGCACCGAAAGAAUUUGCCCAUGUUCAGAGAAGUCCUCCGUGUAGUUGGGCUCGCUGAAGUUCUUCCGCAUCGAGCUUAAAACGUCCAUUUUUGCCGGGUUUUAAUGUUUAUAACCUAAAAAUGUCAACUUUUGAAAGUU